AUGGCAGACACCCGUAAAACCGUCGCCAUCAUAGGCGCUGGCCCAUCAGGCCUCAGCACUGCGCGCUCCAUGCUGGCCCGCAAUAUCACGCCCACGCUAUUUGAAGCGAAGCCCACCAUCGGCGGGCUCUGGUCCUCCUCCAGCGCGGCGGAUAUCAUUGCGCUCGACCAGGGGCUGACAUUGAACCACUCGCGCUACACAUGCUCCUUCUCAGACCUUGCCUGGCCAGAGACGGCGCCCAUGUUCCCGCCCGUGGCGGAGAUGGGCAACUACUUGCAGCGCUACCGCGAAAAGUACAUCCCCGAGUCGGCGCUGAGGCUGUCCUGUCCCGUGACAAAGAUCACAAAAGAGGAUGACGGCAGCUGGAGAGUCGAGUGGAGAGACAAGGUAAAGGAGGAAGAUGGCGCGGAGAAAUUUGACUUUCUGGCCAUAUGCUCCGGCUUCUUCUCUGCGCCAUAUGUUCCGCCUAUCCCCGGCCUUUCAAGCUUCAAAGGCGAGGUGAUCCAUUCUGCAGACUUUGAAAAGCUCGAUAUAAAGGGCAAAAAGAAGAUUGUCGUUGUCGGCGGGUCAAUGACCGGUAUUGAAGCCGCCGCGGAUAUUGCGCUCCACCUCUCUUCGCAAGAGGGGUCGGAGAAGCCGGAAAUCGUGCAUCUCUUCUCACGCCCGUUCUGGAAUCUGGCAAAGUACUUUGCGGUCCCGAACGAGCAGGAUCCGACGGCGCCGCGCUUCCUUCCCUUGGACCUCCUGAUGUAUGACUUCAAUGCGCGGCUUGCGGACGCGGGAAAACCGCCAAAGUCGAUGGAGGAGAUCUCAAGGGCGGUUAGUGAGAAAAUGAAAGAGUUUGUAGGGCACGACCAGGCGGAGCUGUCCCCUGAGAUGCAGGUAACGGAGAAGUAUAUGAACCAGAUGCCAUGGGUCGCUAUCUCGGACUCGUACGGCAGCUUUGUGCGCGAAGGGGCCAUCAAGACCGUUCUUGGGCGCGUGGCGGCCAUGGAUGGAAACACAGUCAAGUUGGAGCAGGGCGAGGACUAUAGCGAGACAGAGAUCACAGACGCAGAUACCGUGAUACUGGCAACCGGCUACCACCCUGCCUCUUCUCUUAUGAAUAUACUGCCCGAGGAUAUCUAUACAGCCCUGACAUCCUCCUCGACGCCCAUCCCCGAAGACCCCAACUUUGCACCACUCAUCCUCUACAACCUCUGCCUCCACCCGGUCUUCCAGCAGACCGCCGGUUUCGCCGGAAUGUACAAGGGCCCCUAUUUCGGCAUCAUAGAGAUGCAAGGCCGCUGGCUCGCCGCCCUCUUCUCCGGGGAGGUCUCCUGGCCCAGCACUGAGGACAUGACCACGGCCAUCACCGAUCUCGCCGCCGCGCGCACAAAGCGUAUCGAUAGUGCCGAAACCACCUUCCGCCCUCAAUGGGCUGCCCCCGACUACAUCGGCGUCGUCAACGACAUCCGCGAGCGCCUCUCCAUCCCCUCCGCGCCCUCCGCAACCUCCUUCUUCCCCAACACCAUGAUCCCCGCGCACUUCGCCCCCGCCUCCAGCCACGCCGAAGCCACCAAGGCCCUCUCCGACCUGCAAUCCCUCCUCGUCCCCCCCACCCCUAUCACAAAAUUCACCGCCGCCGCCGUCUUCCGCGGCCUGCAGGGCCACUGGUCCCUCUCGCGCCGCAUCACCUCCCGAAACAGCGCCUUCCCCAGCGGCACCUUCACCGGCACCGCCGACUUCCGCCCGCGCGAAGCAACCUUCACCUCGCUCCUCCAGCACACCCCCACGGGCCCCACAUGCACCACGGCCAACCUCACACACACCCCGCUGCCCAAGACCCCCGGCGGCGAGUGCGUCGAGUACCUCUACAACGAGACAGGCACCUUCCUCACCGACACCGGCUUCACCAUGACCGGCGCGCGCAGCUACAUCUACCGCUACCACCCCGACACCGACACCAUCACCGUGUGGUUCGUGAAAACGGACGGCAGCGGCGCUGUCGACUACUUCUUCCACGCGCUCGAGUUCCUCCCUCCAGGCGCUACUAGCACCGAUGGCGGGAGCAGUGGGGACGGCGAGGUCGACCAGCCCGGCGGCUGGAAGGCAAAGAGCGAGCAUCUGUGUGUCAAGGACUGGUACUGGCCCAGUUACCGGUUUGCGUUUAGGCCGCGCACGCCGGAUCUGGAGAGGUUCUGGAUCAGGUAUCGCGUGGAGGGGCCGAAUAAGGAUUAUACGGCCGAGGCGAGGUAUGGGAGGCCUUAA